UUUUGGCGGCCAUAUUGGAUUUUGCCAAUUUGCAGAAAAUGCUCAAGUUUACACGAGUGGCAUCAUUCAGAUUCGGAAUCAGCACCCUCGAAUUGACAAGAAACCAUAAAAAAACAUUGUAUAUAUAAAAAAAAACAAGGUUCGACCCCUUCUAUCCUGGACUAUUAUUCUAUUCUUCCUUUGAGUUCUCAAUGCCCUUUUAUUCAACUUCUUUUUUUAUUGAAAUUGUAUCAAACCAUUGCUUAUGUUUGCGUUUAUUACUACUUACUUAUUGAAACGGAAAACAUUCAUCAUAAAUACUAGUAUGUUUAGAAAAAAACAACCGUAACUCACGUUUGGGUCAUUUGAUAUCGAAUUUCAACUGACAUUCUGCAAUCCUUUGCUGAAUUCCAUUGUAUUCCUAUCCUUAUGUUUUUUUUUUUUUUUUUCAUCUAAUCUUCAAAAGACAAACAGUGAAUACAGCAAAAUUAUCUUUAAAAACUACUAAAAUUACACAAUUUUAUUUUUUUAAUGACAUCAUUUGUAGCAAUUGUAUAUUAUAACAAAGAAAUAUAAUGAUAAGUCAGUCGGGUAGGUUAAUGAAUUAAAUGGGUACAUAGAAAGACAUACCAGCAAAUUCAAAAAGUUAUUAGCUUCAUGGCAAGAUGUGGCAUGUAAUAAUUGAGAAAUAACAUCUCCUUUUAUGCGUUUAUUUUACUAGUAUAUGCAAUGAAAAACUGAAUUAGGUAAAUAUAAAUAUGCUUUUACAGACUCAUCAGGUGGCCUAUUAAUUACAUCUAUCAUUUUAUUCUUAUAACUUAUGUUCUCUAUUUCAAUAAAUACACUCUGAAGUACUCUUUUUUAUAUGUUAAUCAGUUUUAUGCUUGUAAAACAGGUCUUCUCCUACAAAAGCACCAACUCCCACCCUUUUCCAUUUUUUAUCUGAUAUUAUAUGCAACUUAAGCAGUUAAGUGAAAUCCUUGAAUAUUGCACACGCAAAAAAAGUUUUCUUUCAAACUCAAACUAUACAAAAAAAAGUAGAGAUACCAUCAAUUAUUAUACAUCAUGGAGAAGGUAGAUGAAUUCAUCGAAUAUUAAAAAGAAAGUACUAUUAAGGCCAUUAGGCGAGUAAAAGACUGCUCUAUUCCAAAACUCCCAUCUCUAAUCAUAGGUGAUUAAAUCUGAGAAACUAUACUCAAAUCGACAUUACAUGAUUGAUUGCAAAGACAAUACACUCAACAAUCCGCUAAAAGUCUAGUAAAGAAAUUUUUGACUGGAGGCCGCAGCUAAAAAUAAAUGAAUAGUGAUUAUCCAACGCUUCAAGACUGAUAGUCAUGUGAUUACUCUCUUUCAAACAGUGAAAUUAAGAAAUGCUACAUUACGUCCGUCGAUGCACCAUGAAACACAAACUUUCUCUUUCUUCCUCGAAGCUACAUUCAGUAGGUCCAUAUUGUGCUUUUGGAGAUUCUCUACUAUCACCUUUCCUGAACCUUUUGGUUUGCAUUUAUUUUUAUCAGGACAUACUUAGAUUCAUACGUGGUGAAUUUCACGAUAAUCCCGACCUUUCGUUUGAGGACGCGCACGCUUAUCAGGCGCGGAUCCAGGAGGGGGCCGAGCCGGCCCCGGCCCCCCCCCCCCUAUUUUUUGACAACCUGCAGAAAAAGUGUACUAUAGGAAAAACACUAAAGAAACGUAGGAAAGAGGUAUCAUACCCAGGAUGUGUAAUUUACAACCUCGUAACGGCCGGCCCGACCCCGAAAGGAAACAAUAAAAGAGUGAGGGGAAGAAUUGGAAAAAGAACUUUAUAUAAAAAAUUUCGCUCGCGCUUCGCGCUCGCAUUGCCUGUGCCAAUGAAUCCCAUUCAAGAGGAUUAAAUGACACUUAUAUAUCCAGAUCUGAAAUCAAUUUGCACACAAUAUUUUAGCUCGCACAUCAACCUUUAAUUAUUUUGUUUGUUUUACACAAAUUGUUUAUAUCAAAAUUUUCAGCUCGCGCUGCGCGCUCGCAUUGUUUGAUAUGUGAGUUACCUAUCCUCUUUGGAAAUUCUUACCAAAAUUUUUCAAAAUGCUCCUUUAUCAUGUCAGUAUAUAAAUUAAUUGAGCUUGUGCUUCGCGCUCGCAUUUAAUUGUUUGAGACACACAGCUUUUUCUGUAUUUAAAUAAAAACGCGCUUAGACUGUCCAGUUUUCAGGUCGGAAUAUCAAAAAAUUUGAGCUCGCGCUUUGCACUCUCAUUCUUUAAUUGGUGAUACUUGUAUCCUCUUCAUUAAUCACUAAAAACAGUCCUAUUGAGUCCCUUUUCACGUUACUAUGAUAAAAUUUCGGCUCGCGCUUUGCGCUCGCAUUGUUUAGUUGGAUACUUAUCUUUUUCAUGAUUAUAAAAUCUCCUCAGAAUCUUCAGGUCUAAGGACAUAAAAUAUCAAAGAAUUUGAGCUCGCGCUCGCAUUAUAUAUUAAGACCACAUGAGAUACCUUAUGUUGUUUAUAACAAUAAAAACUAACAUAUACUUAAAACUUCAGUCUCUAGUUAGGACUACCCCCUGAACCCCCCCCCCCCCAAAAAAAAAAAAAAAUAAAUAAAUAAAAAAAUCAGAUCAUAGCGGCCAAUCGACAAAAAUGUUGAUGAAAAUAUUUUUCGGCCCCCCCCCCUAUUGGCAAAAGCUGGAUCCGCCCCUGCUUAUUUACGACGUUAGUUGAUUUUGGAAGAUACUUUUUGGCCCGUCAUCAUAGUCGUAAAACUCUGUCCUGCAAUGCAAAUUGUGUGACAUGAGAUUUUUUUUUAGUUUCGCAUCUGCGACGGAAACAUUCAAUAUGCGUUUCGUGUGCAAAAUUUUGGUUGCUACUAUGGUAACAGCGAUAUAUCCGAUUGAGGACGACUUUCCAAAGCCACAUUUGACUCCUCCUGGAGCUCGAGAGGCCGCCCGGGGGGCCUACUUCCAUUGACUAGUGGAUACCAGGAGCGACCACGCUUAAAAGGGGACAGAGUGGGCAGGUACGUUACGUAUAGGCCUAUGUAACGUUAUAAGGGUGUCAAAACGAUGUUUAAAAUGCUGACAAAAAGGGAUAUAUAUCAAAUACUUGUAGGGUUUCACAAGCCAAAUUCUUGUUAAGAGAUGCAUUUUCAUAAUCUGGAAAAGAAUUACUUCCCUUGUUUAGGGUACUUUUCGAAACCCCAUGGUCGUGCCUGGUAUCCACUCAUUAAUGGAAGUGGUCCCCCCGGAAUUUGAAUCUAAUUCCCCAUUUCUGGGGAAAGUAAAACAUAAUGCCCAUUACAUCGUGUGCGAGAGGCAUAUCGUUUGUGUAGAAGGAGUAAACAAAAGAAACAAAAGAAACAAAAGAAACAAAAAGAAACGAGUUCAAACGUAUUGCAUAUGUUGUGCACAUAUCAACUCACGCGAAAUGUUCGACUAUGGAGAGGUUGAUCUGACCCAUGAAAUCAAUUGCCAGUGAUACAUCAAUAAUCCACAUCAAAUGUAAUAUCGAGUCGAUGGACUGUAAUGAUAUAUCUAAGCCUUCAUUCAGUAAGUUUUUCCUCACUCAAUAUGUACUCGAUUUGUUUGAAAAACCACUUUCUUAUCCAUGUCAUAAUCUAUUUUAGGUCUGCAUUUCGAAUAUCUCCAGCCAUCAGUCGUAAUAUACAUGCAUGUUUGGUGCGGGUGUCGCGGAAAAGGAUUUUGCACACGAAAAGCAGAUCUGUAGGGCCUGUAAACCCCUGUAACACAAAGCUUAGCAUUGAUUGUAGAGCAGUUUUCUACGUUUGAUUCUAUUGACUAUAAUGCACAAUCAAUCUUAAAAAUCAAGUCUAUGAUUAAGCGUUAACUUUUGUGUUAGGGGACCCUAAUAUUAGCGUCCGUGAGGAUUGCGAAAGGUCCCAAAUAGCACGAGGACGAGAAUCUCUCUUAGCGUAGCAUCCGAGUAUGAUUGGCGAUCAGCCUGCUGAUCCCUAGCAUCACCUCACGCAGUAUGCUAACUGAAUCUUGAUUACUCUCACACUCUAAAAAAUGAAGUGCUGAUUUAGCACUUCAUUGGCUUGUAGAGUGACUGCACCAUGAGUGCUGAUUAAAUCAUUCAUAUUGCAACUAGAAAAUCGGCACUCAAUAUGCAGUCACUAUACAAGCCAAUUAGGUGCUAAAUUAACACUUCAUUUUUGUCUCACCUGCAAAUCAGAGUGAGACUGAAGUGACAGCAUGGCUUAAAAAAAUAAAUAGACCUAGUUCAUGAAACUUGGCCAAAAAGUUAAUCAAGUAUUACUAAACACCUUGCUUGAGUUACAGGUCAUAUGAUCUAGGUCAACGGUCAUCUGGGGUCAACGAACUUACACCAUGUUAAGGAAUCAAUAUCAAAAUCUUAACCUAAGUUUAAGCUUUUAAAAUGUCAGCAUAACUUUGAAAAUAUAUAGACCUAGUUCAUGGAACUUGGACACAAGUAUUACUAAACAUCUUGCCUGGGUUUCAAGUCACAAGACUAAGGUCAAAGGUCAUUUAGGGUCAAUGAACUUUGGCCAAGUUGGGGUAUAUGUUGAAUUACAAUCAUAACUUUAAAAUUUUAUGGAUUUCAUUCAUGAAACUUAGACAUACAAGUAAUCUUACAAGUUUAUCUCGAAACAUCCUGUGCGAGUUUCAGAUCAUAUGAUUAACCCUUUGCGUGCGGACCCGCGAAUCCCGAUACCUCUCCCUGCGGUGGAGCCGUUUUGGUACAUUGCUGGUUAUUGGAUCUGUGGCGGUGUUUUCCCAAUCAAUUGCUAAUUGCGCCAAACUGAUGUAUUUUCAGGAUUUUUAGUAAAUGUAAAGGUAAAAGAUCAGACAUUUUUCUUUCUAGAAAUACAGGUUUCGCUUCUCAAAUCAAUAGAAUAGUUAAGAAAUUUAUGAGGAAAAGGUCGUGUUAUUUUGUAAAAUCUUCGCUUUUCCCCCAAGUCAAUCGGCACUGUGUACAAAAAUGCGUAAGGGCAAUCAGCACGCGCGGACAGGUCAGCGCGAAUUUUCCCUUGCAAGUGCGAUGAUGAUGAUUUAACACCGCGCAACGAAAGUCCGAAACUAUUUUGUGAUUUUUGGGGGGCUUCAAGGCGGUGGCCUCAACGUUUCACUUAAUACUGUCUUUCGUAUCUUUUCAUAAAUUAUGGUUUGUAUUGCAAUUUCAAAGAGUGAAGGAUGUAAAUAAGUUUCAAAUUAUAUAGUGGAUCUGAAAUCAUACCUCCCAACGCUCUCCUCGUCUCGUUCUACGUUUCAUCUUUCUUUAUCUUCUUUUCCCUCCAAAAUAACCAUGCUACCGACUACUGUUCGUCACAAUGAGAGAAAGUAAAAUAUUUUCAUCUAAUGAAAUUGUAACAUCUAAAUUAAAAGUGUUUUAUUAUGUUCCUUCAUUUUAUUCAUUUUUUAACCGUUCUGGGUUUUUUUCACAAUCGAAAACAAAAUUAAUAAAUAAAUCAUGAAAGAUUUGUAUCACGUUUUGUCUCUUUCUUUUAAAUCGUUCAAUUAAAACAGUACAGGGGUGUUGGAGUCGGUAGGAGGCGGCAGUCCACACCCCCCCCCCCCUUCAGGAAACAUAUACAAAAAGGCGAAGCAUUUCUUUUUUGAUAAAGUGCUGUCAUGCUCAAGAAGAAAACGUUCUUGCCAUUUCUUAAGCGCCUGCAUGUUUUGUCAAUAAACAAGUAGACAUUUACAUUGUUCAAAUGUUACUGUCGUAAUAUGAAAAGCAGUACUCGUAAGAGCUUUUUGUACUGCUAAAUACGAAAAGCAUAAAUAUCAAAAUAAAACAUUCAUCACAUACAUGGCAUAUUAAUAAUAUAUUUCGUUAACAAUUAUGUUUUUAGUCAGUAUUCCACUCGUUUAAUCUUAAUAAUAUGCAUUUUAGUGAUCACUCUUGUGAAUUGUUUGGCCCCCAUUGCCAUUGUACGCAAUACUGUUUGGGCGAGUGGCGGCUAUUUUAGAUAUCAAAAUACAGAAAUAUUCCCAUAUAUGACAUAAUAAAUGAUAUAUCUCGUUAGUAAUGAUGAUUUGCAUAUAUUACUUCGUUCAUACAUUGCGAUUUUUUGCACUUUAGUGCUCAUUUAUGUGAAAAUUAGUUCUCCCUAUUCAUAUUGUACAUGAUAAAGUAUACAAGGGCCUUUGGCGGCCAUUUUGAAUAUCAGGAAAAUAAAUAUUUCGUCAAAAUUUUUUUUAUCAGAGAGUAUUUCACUCCUGCCACACAAUUUCAUGCAUUUCAUAGCCAAUGUGUGGACAAUUUUAUGCUUUUCAUGGGUAAUUUGCAUAUUUUGGCGGCCAUAUUGGAUUUUGCCAAUUUGCGGAAAAUGCUCAAGGCUACACGAGUGGCAUCAUCCAGAUUCGUAAUCAGCACCCUCGAAUUGACAAGAAACCAUCAAAAAAUAUUGUAUAUAUAAAAAAACAAGGUUAUGCCUCUUCUAUCCUGGACUAAGUCGGCUACACCCGGCUCCUCACCGGCAUCUGUGCCGCUUCCUAGCCAUCUCCAGUCCAUCGGCCUGCUCCCCCUUUUCUGUCGAAUGGAAUUGAUUUCUGAUUGAUCUCCAGUUGUAGUAGAUCGAGGAUUGAACAGUCCAGUUGCCGUAGUGAGCAGAGUUGGAGGCUUGGGUUACCAUAUAGUCGUUCCCAUGGUGACAUGCACUCAUUUUCAUUCAUACUCACCUUGUUAACACUACGUUAACGGGUAAGAGACUAAUUUCAAUUUAUCAAUAGGCCUACAGACUAUUAUGUUCUUGUAAAAUUAGCAAUUAUGGCGAAUAACCUUUCGAUAUCCUCGGGCGAAGAGGAUUAUUUAGCAGCAGCGAGUAAUAGAUUUAGGCAAGCGCCAGAUGAAUUAGUGGUAUCUUCCGAUGAUCAUACUGUCCAUGAUGAGGACAGUUAUGAUGAAUCGAAUUGUUCUUGGAAAACGGCGAUCAACAGAAAUUCUAUCCGAUCGGCUAAGAAAAGGGCAAGGGUUAGGAGCAAUAGCGAUAGUACUUUAAAUACGAAGAACAGUAAAAUGCCUAAAUUCUCUACUCCCACGCAUUCAAGCAGGAGGGUAGUCAUUGUUGGCCUUGAAAAUAAGAAUAUUUGCAGAGCAAACCCAGUACAGGUGUUCAAAGAAAUUCAUAAUCUGGUAGGCAAUCUGAAUGGGAAAGUAAAAGUGAAAAAUAUGAUGAUUUUGAAAUGUGAGAAUGACAUACAAGUCAUGAAAUUGUUGGAAAUAACCAAGCUUGCUGCUAUAGACGUUAAAGCAAUGCGUUAUGAAGAUAAUCAUGAUUUCACAACGAAAGGUUUUAUUCACAGAAUAGAUACACAGAUAAGUAAUGAGGAAAUUGCAGAAGUAUUGAAAGAUCAGAAGGUAAUUCAUGCUAAGCGUUUUAUGAAGAAAAUUAAUGGUGAAAUAGUACCAAGCCCAUCAGUUUUCAUCACCUUCAAAGGCAAGAAUAAACCCGAGACAGUAAACUUUCUGUAUGAGCUUAAACGUGUGGACAACUUUAGUCCACCGGUGCCAAGGUGUCACAAAUGUCAACUUUUUGGGCACAUGAAGGAAAACUUCAAGGGUAAAUUGCGCUGUGUGAGAUGUGGAGGGGAACAUGAUUUUGAAGAGUGCCCACAAAAGGAAAAUCGAAAAUGCUUUAGAUGUGGAGAUAAACAAUCGGCGGCGUAUCAAGGUUGCAAAAUUUACAUAGAGGCAAAACAAAUACAAAAGGUUAAAUUGAAGGAAAACAUUACAUACGCACAAGCGACUAGGGUGUAUCGCACUAAAAAAAUGAAAUAGUGGAAGAGGCAAGUAAGACCAUAAGUACUAGCGACACUAAAGAAAACACUCAAAGGAAACUAAAGAAUGUUGGUCCCAUUUCAAAUUCAAUGCCAUCUGACCACGAAUCAAUCCAACAAUCAAAGAUUCCGCGCCCAAUCCGAGAACAAAGGAACAAUGAAGGAAGGCGGGAAAGAGAGAAGGAGUCGGGGCAAGGAACUGAUUCGAAUAACCAAAAGAAAGAUAAUGUCAACACAUUAAUGAGUGUAGCACCCCUGGAUUUCAUUAUGUUUAUUCUAUUUGUGAUACGUAAGUUACAACAGUCUGAAAACGAUGAUCAGUUUUUGGAAUCUGUUGUACAUGCUAGUCGUUAUUUCUUAAAGACAGACAUAACCUUGGAAAUGGUCAAGUGCCACCUUAAAGUAAAACAGUCUGUCUCUGAUCUAGUAAUUGUCCAGUGGAAUGCUCAAGGCAUGGUUUCGCAUGGGUCGGACUUCUAACUUCUCUUUUUGAUAAUAAUUUAUUGGGUUCCAACCCAGACAUUAUUUGUAUUCAGGAAACAUGGUUUAAUGAUUUUAAUGUGUCGUUCAUUCCUAAUUACUUUUGUGUUUGUAGAAACAGACAGGAUGGUAGGAGAGGUGGUCUGGCUAUGUAUUUAAAAAGGACAUCGCUUUCCAGGUUAUGAAAGUUCAAGAGUUAAUCGAAUAUCAAAGGGUAGAUAUUUUUUCAAAGAAAGGCAUUAUUUCCAUUAUCAAUUAUUAUAAUCCCUGUAAAAAGAUUGAACUAGAAGAAUUAAACUUCAUUAUUAGAAAUGUGCCAGGGAAGCUUCUUAUUCUAGGUGACUUUAAUAGCCGCAAUCCUCUAUGGGGGAGCAGCAAGCUUGAUUCCAACGGAAGAACUGUUGAAUCUUUCAUGGAGGUUAAUGAUCUAGCAUUACUCAAUGACGGAUCACCAACAAGACUAGACCCGCACUUUGGUUCUUAUUCCAUGUUGGAUUUAUCUAUAGUCUCCAAGGAACUAGCUUGUAGUAUGGAGUGGCAAGUAUUGACCAAUAACUUUGGCAGCGACCACAAUGCAAUCGUGAUCAAAUUAAUACAGACAAAUAACGUAAAUAUUAAAGAAAACGCAGAUAUAGGUUUUAGAUGGAGUUUUAGAAACGUAAACUGGGAAGAGUAUAGAAAAGCAAUUAAAAAUGAAUUACUUAAUCUAAAUUACAAGAGACAUUACUCGGCAUGUAAUUUGGAUAUUCAAGGACGAUAUGGUAUACUAGUUAAGGUAAUAUUGAAUGCUUCGAAGAGGUGUAUUCGUCGAGUGCGAAUAGGAGGAAAAAAACAGAGGUAAAGUAACUCCCUCGUGGAACGAAGCAUGUCAAAAAGCGGUGGCGGAGAGAAAUCAUAUUAAAAACAGAUUACGAAGAUAUGAUAGAAAUUAUGUUCAACUAUACUUGAAAAGGAAAGCAUUUGCUCAGAAGGUGCAACGGCGAGCACGAUAUGACUAUUGGUCUAAAUACUGCGGUAAAAUGAAUAGAUUUACAGAUAUCGGAAAAGUAUGGAAACAAGUAAAAGGGAUGAGAGAUAGCGCAAUGAACACUCAUAUUUUCCACAAUUUAAUCGUUGACGGCAAUAUCAUUAGUGAAUCUAAAGAUAAGGCUGAUGCGGUCGCCCGUUUUUUCAAGUCUAUUGACAGAUCUUUUGAUAAUAAUGAUCAUGAUGAUGGUGAAAAUGAAGAUAAUUUAUGUAAGGAAAUGUCGAAUGAUGACUGCAUUAACGACGAUUUUAACAUGAAUGAAAUGAAGAAUGUUUUACAAGAUUUGAAAAACUCGGCGCCAGGUAAGGAUGAUAUUCAUGCGAUUAUGUUAAUAAACUUACCCCAAAUAGCGCUUGAUGUCAUAUUAGAUCUGUACAACGACAUAUGGAAAACCUCACAUUUCCCUUGUCCUUGGUAUGAAGUUGUUCAAAUACCUAUUUUGAAACCUGAAAAGGAUCCUAGUUUAGUGUCGUCCUAUAGACCUAUUUCUUUAUUAUCAACCCUGUUUAAAGUCAUGGAGAAAAUGAUUAAAAACCGUCUGAAUUGGUUUUUAGAUAAUGAGAAAACGUUAAACCCACUUCAAUCAGGAUUCCGCAAAUAUCGUAGCGUCAAAGAUCAUUUAGUCAGGAUUGAAACAGAUGUUCAUUUAGCAUUGAAGGAGAAAAAAUAUACCGUGGCAGUUUUUCUAGACCUGGAAAAGGCGUAUGAUUCGUUAUGGAAAGGAGGUCUCUUGAAAAAAUUGUCAAUGUUAGAUAUUAAUGGAAAAUUAUUUUUCUUUAUUAGAACUUUCUUAAGAAAAAGAUAUUGUAACGUGAAAGUUAGCAAUAGUAUGUCAGAAAAGUAUGUAUUAGAGCACGGAAUCCCGCAAGGGAGCUCAUUAAGUCCUGUCAUUUUUACAUUGAUGUUAAAUGACUUAAUGAUUAAAGAAAGUGGAGUAAAAUUAUCAUGUUAUGCAGAUGAUAUCGCGAUUUGGUUUACUAGCUCAAACUUAGAUCUGGUUCGCCAAAAGCUGCAAGAAGCCCUCCAUGAAAUCGAAAUCUGGUGCUGGAGAUGGAAAUUAAAUAUCUCUCACACAAAGUCUGUAGUUUUAGUUUUUACCAAUAAACAAAAGAAAGAUAUUA